AUAUUUGUAUAAAAUUAUAUUACUUCCAAACUUCAAGUCAGAACAAGCUAUUCAAAGAAAAAUAAAAUGAAAUUAUUACUAACAACAAUAUGUGCAUUGUUAUGCUUAGUAUGUGCAGUAAGUGCGUACGACAAUAGCAAAGAUUACUUAGAUUCCAAAAUUUGUGCCCAUUUGACUGGCUCAAAAUUAUACGAUUGUUACAAUGCUGAAUGCAAAAAACGUGGUGCACAUGAACGCCAUGGAUGUGCUAUUUGUCAACCAGAUUGUGAACAACCAGAGGGACCUCGAGUAUGCCCCUUAAGUUGUCCGUUAGGAUGUAUUUGUGAAACAGGUUUCGUAAGAAAUAAUGUUGGAGCUUGUGUAACAAAAUCGCAAUGUGGUAAAUAAGAAUAUGAAUUUAUUAUUGAGCUAAUUAUUUAUUUCUUUUUCUUUGUUGCUGUUGUAAUUAUUAUUUGAAUAAAACUUAUUUUAUUUUUGUAA